AUGGAUCCGUAUGGAUGUUUGUGUGGCAACGCUGAGUCUUACUCAGAGCCACUCUUUGACUUCAAUGCUGUUCCUGGUGAAAGGGCGGCUGUCGCCCUGACUGAGACCCCUGCAGAACAUGAGCAGAUGUUUCUUCCGCAGGUGGAGCGAAUGCUCAAUCAGUUGGAAGCACGGCUUAAGCACCACAUAGAUGCUGCCGUCCACGGUGCUGCAAGCUCUCAUGCCAAGAUGGCAUCAGACCUGCACUUUCCAACGGAUCACAGCCAUCACAGCGUGCCGGUUGAGGAGUCGCAGCUACCGGAGCGCAGUUCGCAUUUUUAUGGCGCAAGAGUUCCAGAGUUUUGGGCGCAAUGUGAUGAUGUAGACCCAUGA